AAGAACUGCAGAAGCUGAUGCAGUUCCUUGGUUUGACCAUCCUUGGUUUGAUUCUGGAGGGCCGAGGCAGGAGCUAAGGGAGCACUGACAGAUAUUUGAAAUCACACUGGGACUUUGGUCAGAACACCAAACUUUGCUGAAUUUGGGGUGUUGUGCUCCAUGGUUUUGAUCCAACAGGGACCAGGCUAGACCAGGCUCUGGAUAAGAUAUUAAAUGAAAGAACCAGCCCCCUCUCACUCCCAAAAUCUUUUGACUUGUACUCUGUAUAAGAAAAAAAAGCACUGAGAAGUGCGUGACUGAUGCGAGGCAGGCUCAGGAUUAAUUUAGGAUAAACAGGAUGCCUGUUGCACUUAAUUUAGCAAUUCUAAGGCAGAAAAUGCUUUUGAGCGCAGCUAACAGCUUCUCAUCUGCAAAUGCCACGAUCAAGACAAAGCAAAAGAUAUUGUGGCGAAUUCUGCAGUUCACAGUCCUGACACAGUCAAAAACCUCCUAUUACAGUGAGGGAGACUUCUGCUUGUAUCACAACUGCCUAGGAUGCAGGAUUUCAGAGUAGUGUUAAAUAAAAAUAAUACAGUAAAUAUACCAUUUUAAAAGUCCUGCAGGACAUGCAGCAAACGCCGGUGAUUUGAACUGGGUGAAGUUGUCAAAGGUUGCUUUGCUCUCCAGAGCCUGGCAGUAGCUCCACUGAAAUGUGAUGCCAUUGGUUUUCAGCAAAGGUUUCUUUCUGCAGGGCUGCAAACAGAGAUCAGCUGCUACUGUGUAUACACAACUAGGGAGCAAAUCAAGCAGCACAUUUAAGCAGCCUUUUUAACCCUGAGACUUUCCAAGAUUUCUUCUUCACGCAGGAAGUUUCCUUUAUAUUGUCAGCUGUAGCACUUUGCUCAUGUAAUGAGAUCAGAGCUAGGAUCACUGCUGCACAGUAGAAAGACUUCCUUAAGACAUUUGUCCUUGAAACUGCACCAAACUCUUGGAAGAACCCAGAACCUGUCUUGGAGGAGUGAGUGCCUGGUGCAGUCUCUGCCUGGCUCCUUGGUUAACAGAACAGGAGAACUGAGAUACUUUGGUGAAAGUUACCGGAGUGUAAUGCAGUGGUACUUCAGGAUACAAACAGCAAUUCUCAGAGCUCAGAAAAGGGACCUGAUACAGAUCAACAAAAGACUCCCCCCUAUUAUUAACAACGCUGAGGAUUUGCUGACAUUUGGGCUGUUUCAUUGCCAGAGGAGGCUUUGUGUGUCCCAAAGGAAGCUUCUCUGCAGAAUGUCAAGCAAAGAUCGACACAUUGAUUCUAGCUGUUCGUCGUACAUCAAGACGGAACCGUCGAGCCCUGCCUCUCUGACGGACAGCAUCAACCACCACAGCCCCGGUGGCUCCUCCGACGCCAGCGGGAGCUACAGUUCCACCAUGAAUGGACAUCAGAACGGGCUGGACUCACCUCCCCUCUACCCUUCGGCCACGGGGCUUGGGGGCAACGGGCCGGUCAGGAAACGGUAUGAUGACUGCUCCAGUACCAUCGCUGAAGAUUCACAGACCAAGUGUGAAUAUAUGCUGAACUCGAUGCCCAAAAGACUGUGUUUGGUGUGUGGUGACAUUGCGUCAGGGUACCACUAUGGAGUGGCUUCCUGCGAAGCCUGCAAGGCUUUCUUCAAGAGGACAAUUCAAGGUAACAUAGAAUACAGCUGCCCAGCAACGAAUGAAUGUGAAAUCACAAAGCGCAGACGCAAGUCCUGCCAAGCCUGCCGCUUCAUGAAGUGUCUAAAAGUUGGCAUGCUGAAAGAAGGUGUCCGCCUAGACAGAGUACGUGGAGGUCGCCAGAAGUACAAGCGCAGAAUAGAUGCAGAGAAUAGCCCAUACCUGAACCCUCAGCUAGUUCAGCCAGCAAAAAAGCCAUAUAACAAAAUUGUCUCCCAUUUGCUGGUGGCUGAACCAGAGAAGAUCUAUGCUAUGCCUGACCCCACUGUUCCAGACAGUGACAUCAAAGCACUUACCACUCUUUGUGACCUGGCAGACAGAGAACUGGUGGUGAUCAUUGGAUGGGCUAAGCAUAUUCCAGGAUUCUCCACUUUGUCUCUAGCUGACCAGAUGAGCCUUCUGCAGAGUGCUUGGAUGGAGAUUUUGAUUCUCGGUGUUGUAUACCGGUCACUUUCUUUUGAGGAUGAGCUCGUAUAUGCUGAAGAUUAUAUUAUGGAUGAAGACCAAUCCAAAUUGGCAGGCCUUCUUGACCUUAACAAUGCCAUACUGCAGCUGGUAAAGAAAUACAAGAGCAUGAAGCUGGAGAAAGAAGAGUUUGUCACCCUCAAAGCUAUAGCACUUGCUAAUUCAGACUCAAUGCACAUAGAGGAUGUUGAGGCAGUGCAGAAACUUCAGGAUGUCUUACAUGAGGCUCUGCAGGAUUAUGAGGCUGGGCAGCACAUGGAAGACCCACGUCGUGCAGGCAAGAUGUUGAUGACUCUCCCGCUUCUGAGGCAAACCUCCACCAAGGCUGUGCAGCAUUUCUACAACAUCAAACUGGAAGGCAAAGUCCCCAUGCACAAACUUUUUUUGGAAAUGCUGGAGGCCAAGGUCUGACUAAAGCAUCAUGGGCUUCCCCAUCAUGCACGUUUUAAAAAAAAAAAAAAAAAAAAAAGGGAAAAUAAACAGGAUAAUAAUGGCAAAGAAACUUAGUGUUUAAUUAAGGAAAAAAUGACUGCACUGAUAUUUAGCAGCAAGACUGUGAAGCAGCUUUCAACUUUUUCUUCUGUGUCUUUCUGAUGCAGUUUUUUCUUUUCCUUUUCCUUUCCUCUCUUUUCCUUUCUGUUCUUUCCUUUCCUUUUUUCCUUUUCUCUUUAUUCCUUUGCUGCUGAACUUUUUAAAAGAGGUCUCUAAUUGAAGAGAGAUGGAAGCCAGGCCUGCCAAAGGAUGGAAAUCCAUAAUAUGGAUGCCAGUGAACUUAUUAUGAACCAUAAUGUCCCCAAUGACAAAGGAAUCAAAGAGAGAACCACCGUACCUAGCAGUACAGUACAACACGAUGAACUGACUGAAUGCAGUAUUAGAUUUCAUAGGAGCAGUCUCUAAUUAGACGACUAAGCGACGAUGCAUCGGCUGCUUCUUAUCAUUGCAUUUUCCAUCUAGAUCAGUUACAGCCAUUUGAUUCCUUAAUUGUUUUUUCAAGUCUUCCAGAUAUUUCUUAGGUUAGCUACAAUGUAACUUUUUCAGGGAAUAGUUUAAGCUUUAUUCAUUCAUGCAAUACUAAAGAGAAAGAAAUACUGCAUUUUUGUGCUGGCUUGAACAAUGAUGAACAAUAAUGAAGGACAAAUGAAUCCUGAAGGAAGAUUUUUUUAAAUGUUUUGUUUCUUCUUACUAACGGAGAUUUUUUUGUACCAGCUUUACCAGUUUUCAGCCAUUUAUUAAUGUGGGAAUUUAUCUUACUAAAGCAAUAGUCGAAGGGAAGGUGCAUAUUAUCACGGAUGCAAUUUAUGUUGUGUGCCAGUCUGGUCCAAAACAUCCAGUUUCUUAACAUGAGCUCCAGUUUAUAACUAAAUGUUCACUGACUCAAAGGAUUAGAUUACACCUGCAGUAUAUCCGAGUAGUCUAACAUAUAAAUACUCCAUGUCAAAUACGAAUCCGUACGUUAGGAGACAGCGACCGUACAAAGGUAUGGUUGCUAUGUGAUUUCUAACUGCUUCAGUUGCAAAUGAACGAGAUACUGCCUGUUUGCAAAAUUAUAACCUCACACGCAGAAAAACCCUAUGAACCAAUAGUAGCUUAGAGGCAAUGAGGCAAAUGCCGCCGUUCGCAAAAUUAAGAAAUCAGAGUAGUAGACUUCUGACCAAAUUGAAGAAUUUAACACUUCUAUACCUUAUUUAUUGAUUUAGACUUUAUUUUGUAAAUGGCGAUCCUUAACAAGUAGCUAAACCAGUAUAUGUGCUUUUCAACCAGUAUUGUCACAGCAUGAAAGUCAGUCAGUUUCAAGACUGUUACGAGGUGUAAUCUAAUGUAUAAACCGAUUAGAUGCCCCCAGAAAACUACAGUCGCUAAAUAACCAAUAAACAAUAACCUCCAUCAAAUGCUAUACCAAUGUACCAGUGUUAGUAGCUGCUCCCUGUACUAUGUGAACAUCCUUAUUCUAUGUACACAGAUGUAAUUAAAAUUGUAAUCCUAACAAACAAAAGAAAUGUAGUUCAGCUUUUCAAUGUUUCAUGUUUGCUGUGCUUUUCUGAAUUUUUAUGUUGCAUUCAAAGACUGUUGUCUUGUUCUUCUUGUGGUGUUUGGAUUCUUGUGGUGUGUGCUUAUAGACACAGGGUAGAAUUAGAGACAAUAUUGGAUGUACAAUUCCUCAGGAGAUUACAGUAGUAUAUUCUAUUCCUUACCGGUAAUAAAGUUCUUCCUAGUAAUAAUUAAGAGAUCGAAACUCCAAACAAAUACUCGUUAUGAACAGAUACACACUGAAAUCAUAAUAUUUUCAAAACAAGGGAUAAUUUCUGUAACAGUUUAUUAUAGAAUACCAAUGUAUAGCUUAGAAAUAAAACUUUGAAUAUUUCAAGAUUAUAGAUAAGUCUAAUUUUUAAAUGCUGUAAAUAUAGCUUUUAUUCAAUCAUCUCUCAGAUGUUGUUAUUAACUCGCUCUGUGUUGUUGCAAAACUUUUUUGGUGCGGACAAGUUUCCAAAACUAUUGCUACGUUGUGUGCUUUAAACAAAAUAACAAUGGGCCGAUGCUCAGUUGGCCUCGUGCUAGGAAAAAAAAACUGUGUAUCUAUCAUUAGCUAUAUGGGACUAUAUUGUAGAUUGUGUUUUCUCAGUAGAGAAGUGACUGUAGUGUGAUUCUAGGUAAAUCAUCAUUAGCAAUUCAUUCAGAUGGUCAAUAACUUGAAAUUUAUAGCUGUGAUAGGAGUUCAGAAAUUGGCACAUCCCUUUUGAAAAAUGUCAAAAAAAAAUACAACUCCUGGGAAAAAGGUGCUGAUUCUAUAAGAUUAUUUAUAUAUGUAAGAGUGCAAAAAAAAAAAGUUUAUUUUCCAGAAAGUUUGUGCAGGGUUUAAGUUGCUACUGUUCAAGUACACUAUAUAUAUAUAAAUAUAUAAUAUAAAUAUUGUUUUUGCUGUAUCACAUUAAAGAACUUGGGCUUCAGGGUCAAAAGCCAAUCAACUAGAAGUAUACAAAACCACACAAAAAAUGGAGAUGUGUUAAAGGCACACGGUGCAAACUUUAGUUUUUUAUUUUCCGUAAUUUUUUGGAGCUGCAAAAGAACAAGUAUCUCAAGACUGUAAAACCAUUACCUGAAACUUAGCUAAAAAAAAAAAACAAACUGCACGGGCUUUAUAAUGUUGUUCAUCUUAAACCUUGCUGGAGAAGAGUUCUUUCAAGACCACUUACUUAAUGUGAAGUGUUGGGAAAAUUUCAAAGGGUGUAUGUUUUAGCCAUAACAAUUUAAUUUCUAUUUUUGCUUCAUUUUUUAAUUUUUUCUUAUUUAAAGCAAUAUGAUUGUGUAACUCCCAGAAGUUACACAUUUGUUUCAAUCAGAUCAGAUUGUUGUAUUUAUUCCACUAUUUUGCAUUUAAAUGAUAACAUAAAAAAGAUAUAAAAAAUUAAAACUGCUAUUUUUCUUAUAGAAGAGAAAAUGGGUGUUGGUGAUUGUAUUUUAAUUAUUUAAGCGUCUCUGUUUACCUGCCUAGGAAAACAUUUUACGGCAGUCUUAUCGUGCAAAGAUCGCAAAAGGACAAAAAAAAUUUAACUGCUUAUAAUAAUCCAGGAGUUGCAUAAUAGCCAGUAGUUAAAAACUGAAACAAAACAACAAAUGAAAACAAACAUGUCUAUAGCUGUAGAUGGGCUUCACAUCUGUAUAGCAAUCAACUGUAUAUUUUUGUGAUGUGUAUCAUACCGUGUGCUCCAACCAAUGUCCAUUUGUGUAAAUGUAUUUAUUUUAUAUUGUAUAUAUUGUUAAAUGCAAAAAGGAGAUAUGAUUCUGUAACUCCAAUCAGUUCAGAUGUGUAACUCAAAUUAUUAUGCCUUUCAGGAUGAUGGUAGAGCAAUAUUAAACAAGCUUCCACUUUU